AUGGAUCGUCUUGAAGACGAAAUCCAUAACUUGAUGACCCUGCCCGGUCCGGAACUCACAACCGGGCUGGUAAGAAAAGUCAAGAAUAUUGCCCGCCAAGUGAACGAUAUCAACACUAAGUUCCUGAUUGCCAACUUCUUCUCGCGGUUGUUGCGCAUCAACGUCUUUCCCCUCCAGUCCAUUCUCCCCUCAGCGGACAAGCAAAAGCCUACGGAUGCAGGAGUUUCGGAGUCAGUCAAGAACGAUUCGGAAGUCGCAGAUGCCGGCAUCAGCGUGAAGGACGGCAUUGAGGAAGAAGGUGGCCAGAAUCCAUUUCCUUCUGAGAAUGUUGACGGCGAUGGAAAUGCAGAUACUCGACAAGCCAAGCCUACUACAUCUUCAGCCCUGGAUACGCAAACUGAGAGAGUUAUUGACACGGAACCUGAGCAAGACAACACAACUGAUUCCGCGGUUGUAGUGGCCAAGAACAAAAGGGAAGCAUUCAACAGUGGAGAGGGUUCCCAGAAGGCUCUGGUCGACCAUGCCUUUGCACGUGCAUCGCCAUUCAGCCGAUACACAAGCUGCCUGUUUGACAUGUUUGAGCGUUACAAUCGGCAACGUGAGGAUAAUAUCGAUCAUGCUUCACUCGUCAAGGGCAGCGAAGGCCUCGUCGACGGUGAUUUCAACUGGGUGUCCUUUUUUGGUACGAGGAUUUGCGAAGGCUACUAUGUCAUAAAGGUCAACCACGACCUCAACGAUUCUCAACUCGCCCUACUGUCCAUGAUGCCACCUGUGAAGCCAGUCAAUCUGCACAUCGAUCCCGAGUUGACCCAGACACUGCCGUUUCUGGACUGGAUUUUCACACACGAACGGUUCAAACGGUUUAAUGAGAGCAUCGGACCUUACACCUUGUGCAUCCAAGGGACCGAUGAAGAUGCGUCACGGAUGGCAAUGAUUUCCCAACAUGUGUAUACCAGGUACGAGGAGGAACAGAUUCACAAAAUGGUAUGGGGAGAACCACAAGAAAGCGCUGCUUUUUACUUCCAAUUCGACAAGUUUGACAGAAGAUACAACGGCAUCAAGCCUAUGCUUGUCACCUUCCUCUCGAAGCUGACCUGGCACAUGUGGUCGAAACCCGGGGAAGAGCGAGCGACUCGUCGCGUGUUUGAGAGCCUGGAAUGGUACCGCAACUUGUCGCUUCCGGGGCUUUUCAACCUCUUUACAGAAAUGAGGCGGUGCGCGGACGUGGGAAAUAUUGCCAUCAUCUUGAGCUGUUUCGACAGCUGUGUGGAAGAAGAGCGGAAUUGGUUCCUCGCAAGAGUGCUGGAACACCAAAGCCGCACCGAUGUCAAUUAUCGGCUCGUCAUCACCACAAGCAUGCAGGACCUAUUCCUGAAGGAUUCCCUUCCCGAAACGCAGGUGAUCUCUCUGGACGAGUGCCCUGCCCCACUGGUCGGGUACGCCAUUGACGAGAAGGAGUUCGAUGCUAACGGACUUUGGCCAUACCUAGAGGACGUGCUGAGGAAACGUCCGGUGUUGAGUGCUCUUGCCGGAAGUCUGAAGAAUGCCAUCGAGCAAUGCCAAGCAUCUCCUUACCUUGGCUACAGGAUUCUGGAAUGGCUUCGUCAUUUUGGACGAGGGCUGCCCGUUGCCGAAAUUGCCGCAACUGUCGAGCGUCUGCUACCCGCCACACCCGGGAACAUUCUGUCAAUGUUAAUCCACGCUUUGCCUCAGGAUAAACGAGUACUGGCACUUACGAUCUAUCGAUGGGUGAAAUAUGCUCUAGAGCCAUUGACCGUCGAGGCACUUGGCCAUGCUCUGAUUGUAUCAACAGGGUCAAACACGUCAUUGCUGGACAUCGACUACGAACAGCUGCUUCGGGACAUCACUGUGAUGUUUGGUGGUAUUAUUGUCGUGAAAGAUGGCUUCGUCACGUUUUCAAACGACUCGUUUUACGACACAAGCGUCCCCAACGGCGAUGAAGACGAGAAGCCAGCAUUGGUCCAUGGCGUCCUGGCCGAAGCAUGCUUGAAAUACCUGAUGCACCAGGAAGUGUUGCAGUUGUACGCCAAACUGUCAGUCGAGAACUAUGGAGGAGACGUUUUAAGGAAGCCUCUUUCAUCACCUCAAGACUCCAUGUUGGAAUAUGCCGUUCGGUUCUGGGCGGAGCAUUAUCGUCUUUGCGAGUCCCAUCGGCCUAUCCAGCUGGCCCUCGAUUUCUUUCACGGUACGGAGACGAGAAACAGAUGGGCCGAGGCGCAUUAUCUUCUUUCGAACCCUUUUACACGCAUUCACAGAGGUUAUGUGUCCUCUCUGCCGUUGAUGGCUGCAUUAGGGCUCGAAGACCUCGUGUCUCGGCAAGUCGAAAAAGACCGAAACUUUGAUUGGUUCCAUCGAGACGCUUGGCUAGCCAUCACAGAAGCCGCUAGAAACGGUCACGGAAGUGUGGUUCGUAAUUUGCUGGAAUAUGUUCAGGUUGAAGAGCCGGGUCUGCAAGACGCAGUCACCUGGGCUACAUCCUCUGGCGAUGAGGGGAUGUUGACUCGGUUACUGGAUAGCGUUGGUAUUCUUGACAGCUUUUCGUGGCCCAAAGACAUUCUAUCUCGAGCAGCGGCGUGUGGCUCGGAGUCUCUAGUUUCUGCCAUCAUCACAGCUGGUGUCGAUCUAAACGAGCGGAAUAACGACACCGGAGAGACGGCCAUUCACACGGCCAUUGCCUGGGGCAGUCAAGGAGUGGUCAAGCUCCUGUUGGAUGCCAAGGUUGACUUAAGUGUUCGAGACAAUUUUGGGAGAACUCCCCUUCUCUUAUCUGCGGAUGUUGGUCAUCCAGAGAUCGUCCAGAUGCUCGUCGACGCAGGAGCCGAUGUCAAAGACAAGAACACAAGCGGUUUCUCUGCUGUUAGCACCGCCAUCUAUGCGGGUGAGCACGCAGCACUAGCACGACUUCUCGGGGCCGGGGCAGAUCCCGGCCCUGGGGAGCCUGCCGAAAAUCUUUCCGAGUCACUAUCACCUUUGUCUUACGCCGCUGAGCAGUGCAGGCUGCAAUGCAUUCGACUUCUUCUUGAGAAAGGGGCAGACGCUUGUAUUGAAUCCGAGCGAGGAAGCCCUUUGUAUCUCCUGUGCAACUGGCCUCAUGUCGCCGAAACCUGCCGUCUUCUCAUCGAGAGAGGCGCAAACCCCAACCAAGUCUACAGUGAUAAGGACAUGCUCCUAUUUCGGGCCUUGAAAACGGAAGAUAAGGAACUGGUCGGUCUCCUUAUUGACAAAGGUGCCAACGUGGACCUGUUGGACGCAAACGAAAACGCAAGCCGUGAGACACCCUUUGGGUAUGCUAUUUGGGCUUGUUCACUUGAGAUGAUGGAGUUCCUUCUACAAAAAGGAGCUUCUGUAAACAAUGUCCCUGAAGGAGCCGUGUCUUCGCUCUUCACUGCAACCUUUUGGAAUACCGACAUCAAAAAGGCCGAGCUGCUCCUACAACACAAAGCCGACGUUCACUGGACAAGAAGUGACGGCUGGACCGCCCUUCAUGCCUGUUAUGACAUGCCGGCAUUUGUGUCUCUCCUUCUGAAGCACGGAGCGGAUGUGAAUAAGAUGGCCCAGUGCGGGACUCCGUUGAUGAUGGCGGCAAGGUGGAAUUAUCUCGAUACUCUUAAGACCCUCCUCCAUCAUCACCCGCUACCGAAACUCGACUUGAAGUUUGAUUACGAUCCAGAGGACUUCGAAUACGGCAUGACAGCACUGAUGAUUGCGGUCCGGAGCGGCAACCAUGAGGGUGCGAGCCUUCUUCUUGAAGCGGGAGCUGGGCUGGACGAUAAACUCAAGGACGCCGGAUUCAUCAUGCAGACAGCCAAUCCUGAUGACUCUCAGGCAGCUCAGAAAAUGAUGCGAGAUUUCCUGGAUCGUGGGGCCAAGGUUGACCAUGAGGAUGAGGACAAGAACACUGCGCUCCAUGGACUAACUUCAUCGACCCCGGUCAAGAUCUUGGAGAUUCUAGCUGACCUAGGCGCUCCGGUGGACUCUCCAAACCAAGACGGGCUCACGCCGCUGGGAGUUGCUGUGAAGAAUGGCAACAUGCCCGCUGCAACAUAUCUCAUCUCCAAGGGAGCCCGGGCGGAUGUCCAGAACCCCAGCUUGGGCAACUUGCUUCAUUUAGUCUGCCAACAGGACUACCCGAAAAAUGAGACCGCCUUUGAGCUGUUCAAACUUCUCGUUGGUGCCGGAGCCAACUUGAACAGUGCCGGCCGAGAGCCAGCUCGCGAAUCGUUGCUGCACGCCGUCGUGUGCGCGCCUUUCGAAAGACGCUCACGAACCAAGAUAGUCCACUAUCUGGUCAGCCACGUUAGUCCAGCCGUCGACGUCAACGCCCCUGGUGGAGACUUGGCAUAUCCAAUCAUUGCUGCUGCCCGCAAGGGCUACGACGAUAUACUUCAAUAUUUCGUCCGCCACGGCGCCAAUAUCAGUGUCUCUGACGAUCUUGGCCGUCGUCCUAUUCACUACCUAACCGGUCUCGGGCGUUGGAACUCCAACACGAGGCCGGUGCGAGUCCUUCUCAAGGCCAAUGUUGACAUUCAAGUAGCGGACAAAUUUGGACGAACUGCUCUCCAUUGGGCAGCUGGGUCCAAGGACCUGGAACUUCUUGAGUUGAUUCUUAGAAAGCUUCCCAAAGGAUACAAUAUCAACGUUCGAGACGGGGAUGGAUGGACACCGCUCAUGUGGGCGUGUAGAACUUCUCAAGGUGCCCCAUUCCCGGUCAUUGACAAGCUGGUCACUACCUUGGGCGCCGACAUCUUCCCCCGAAGCACUGAUGGCGAGUGGUCGGCGAUGAAGCUUGCGUGUCUCAGCAACCAGGAAGAAGACAUCAAGGAGUUGCUGCAGCCUGUCGGGCAUGAGAGCCAGCACGACGGCAAAGAUGACUUUAAAGAAGUCUGGGACGUUGCUUUUCACAAUAUACCACCGGCACCGCCUCAUUCCGGUCGUCCAUACUGCGAUAGCUGCUUUGCAGGAAUGGUAGGAACACGUUACAAGUGCACCAUUUGCGACGACUAUGACCUGUGUUUCAAGUGCUUUCCAAGUCGUGAUACAAUGCACGAUGCAAACCAUGAGCUGAAGGAGUACUACGAAGAUUGGUUUGUGGGCGAGGAAGACAGUGAUUCUCCAGAAGAAGAUGAUGGCGCGGCUGGUGCAUCGGACUCGAGAGAGGAAGACAAACCGAGUACGGACACGGACGAUGAGGUUGAAUACGAUUCGGAGGUCGAUGACUGA